GGCCACGACUUGUUCGCUCUGGAGAAGAUUCGGGCGUGGUUCGACUCACCGACAUUUGAUGAUUAGAAUGUACCUACGGAUAGGUACAUGCAAUGGCAACCCCACCACCUUUCAGCUAGAAAAGGCAGCCUCGAGGUCCGAGGCAGCUUUAUCUGUAACCUCGAAGCGAAGCCAUUCUUCACCUCAGUAUUCUAGCUCCUUGGUCGUUGCCAUGGACGAGACAUCCUGGGCUCAGCAGGCUGUUGAUCGCUUUUUCGAGGGCCGCAAAUGCCCGACCAAUCCCAGUGCGACCAGAUUGCGCGAUCCAUCUCGGGUGCUUCCAACGUCUACAAUGUCGACACGCCAGGCUCGAUGAGCUAUACUGUCGGUACUGUAGUGUCCUUCCGAGAGCCACAAGCUCACCUCGACCAGAGCAUGGUAGAGUUGGCACAGGCGAUCCACGGGCCCCUGGUGCCCAAGGUAUCGCAACACGGCCCGGUAGAUGGUGCCGACCCCCCCUUGGCCAUUCAUACCAUGCCGUACCUGCCGGGAAUCUCGUGCCUUGAUGCUCUUGACUGCCAGGUUGACAUGGACGACGUGACCGAGGCUAAACAUGUUUGUUUUGUUCGGCACCUUGCCAGGUACUUUGCUCGAUGUUGGUUCAAGCCGCAACACGUAGCAGCCGAAGUACGAGCGGAAAACCUAAACAGGAUUCAAUCCAGAUUCGCUCUGCUGAAGGCGUCACCAUCGAUUCUCAGCACCCCGGUGGUAUCGGAGUUGGCACCUAGACUCCCCGCACUCUUCGCGCAGGAAUAUCCACAAGUCCUUACGCACGGCGACCUCUCUAGAACCAACAUCUUAGUUGACGAGGACACCUUUGAAAUCACAGGGAUCAUCGACUGGUCACUUGCGGCGAUCCUGCCCUUCGGCAUGGAGCUGGAUACCCUGUACCUGACAACGGGGUACAUGAACCUUGAUGAUGGUGAUUAUGAUGACGGCCGGCGGGCCAAAAUCCGCGACAUGGCUGAGCAGGCGGCCAGGAUUGGCGCCAUUCUCCGUUACGCCUUCCAGCGCAAUGCCGAUGGCUCGCCUUCUGAGACGCUGGUUGACGACGGGGCUGUGACGCUGAGGUAUCUCCAGGCAUGGCUUGCCACUUAGCUCCCCGAAUUGGCGAUGUAGUGUAGAGAAGGUAGGCGCUUGUUGAGCUCUGAAACCGGGCGGGCCGUAAUUAGAGAGGAAGAGGAAAAGGAACGGGGAUCGGGGAAGAUAUGGAGUAAAGGACAAGCCUAUGAUAAAACGGUAUGAGUAUAGGCGUUUGCUUCACGUUUUGUUUUAUCGGCAAGAGAUGCGUGUUACUCGGGCUGACACGGAGUAAGGGGGAGGGUCCUUGAUAUAGGGUAUGCAC